UUUGUGUUUCUCCAUCGGGUCUUCAUUUCCUGUCUCGUUUCGAUCUGCGCCAUCGCUCGGGGCUUAAACUCGAAUCGGAUCAUUGGACCGUUGGAGUCAUGGCGCGGCCAUUGACUCGGCUCAUCUCUGUCGUAUCCGUAAUUCUAUACCUUGCGCGGUUGGGUCCUUGGGUGGCUAUCUGUGGUGAACCCAGCAACGUGUUACUCUUGCGAAGUGAUCACGAGGGCUCACGUCCUGCUAUGAUUCUCCCGCUACAUCUCUCUGCUCCCGUUUCUUCCAAGUUCGCCUUCAAUUCACGACGUCAACUCCAGAGAUCCGAGCCCAAACGCCAUCCUAACGCUCGCAUGCGACUCUACGACGAUCUACUUCUAAACGGGUACUAUACCACGCGGCUUUGGAUUGGUACUCCUCCGCAGAGGUUUGCUCUUAUUGUUGAUACUGGGAGUACUGUUACGUAUGUCCCGUGCUCUACUUGCCAACACUGCGGCAAGCACCAGGACCCAAAGUUCCAGCCAGACAUGUCGGAAACCUAUCAACCUGUCAAAUGCACAGCGGAUUGCAACUGUGACAAUGACAGGAUGCAGUGCAUGUAUAAGAGACAGUAUGCUGAAAUGAGUUCUAGCAGUGGGGUUCUCGGUGAGGAUGUUGUAUCCUUUGGAAACCAGAGUGAGCUUGCCCCCCAACGUGCUGUUUUUGGCUGUGAAAAUGUUGAGACUGGUGAUCUUUAUAGUCAGCAUGCUGAUGGGAUCAUGGGUUUGGGCCGUGGAGAUCUCAGUAUGAUGGAUCAUCUGGUUGAUAAAAAGGUAAUAAGUGAUUCAUUCUCACUAUGCUAUGGUGGAAUGGAUGUUGGUGGAGGUGCAAUGGUUCUUGGUGGUUUAACUCCCCCAGCAGACAUGGUCUUUACACAUUCAGAUCCUGUUCGAAGUCCAUAUUACAACAUUAAUUUGAAGGAGAUACAUGUUGCGGGGAAGCGAUUGCAUUUAAACCCAAAUGUUUUUGAUGGCAAACAUGGAACUGUCUUGGAUAGUGGCACAACUUAUGCAUACCUACCAGAAGCUGCAUUUCUCGCAUUUAAACAUGCUAUUAUGAAGGAACUUCACUCUUUGAAGCAAAUCAGUGGUCCAGAUCCAAAUUAUAAGGAUAUAUGUUUUUCUGGUGUUGGAAUUGAUGUCUCUAAACUCUCUAAAAGCUUUCCAGUGGUUGACAUGGUAUUUGGAAAUGGCCACAAGUUUUCAUUGUCACCGGAAAAUUACUUGUUCAGGCAUUCAAAAGUGCGAGGUGCAUAUUGUCUGGGUGUCUUCCCAAAUGGAAAGGAUCCAACUACUCUUUUAGGAGGCAUCAUUGUCCGUAACACUCUUGUAAUGUAUGAUCGCGAGCAUACAAAAAUUGGUUUCUGGAAAACUAAUUGUUCUGAGUUAUGGGAAACACUACACCUCUCUGAUGCCCCACCACCGGUGCCUCCAAAUUCAGAAGGAACAAAUAUAACCAAAGCAUUUGAGCCUUCAAUUGGUCCAUCUGCGUCACAGUAUAAUUUACAUCUAGGUGAACUCCAAAUUGCUCAAAUAACAAUUGUAAUUUCAUUUAACAUCAGCUACAUGGAUAUGAAGCCUUACAUUACAGAAUUGGCAGGACUCAUAGCUCAUGAGUUAGAUGUUAAUACUUCACAGGUUCACUUAAGGAAUUUUUCUUCUCUUGGAAAUGGUUCCCUCUCUAGAUGGAUCAUAACCCCGGGACCAUAUGCUGAUUUCUUUUCUAACACUACUGCAAUGAGUAUAGUUGCCCGGCUCUCUGAACAUCGCAUGCAACUUCCUGAGACAUUCGGAAGCUAUAAGUUACUUGAUUGGAAUACUGAACCUCCAUCAAGAAGGACUUGGUGGCAGCAAUAUUAUUUGGUUGUGGCUUUAGCUGUUAUGCUUACUUUGCUUCUAGGAGUAUCAGCCUUAGGACUAUUCUUAAUUUGGAAAAACCGACAGCAGGCGGAGCCCUCAUACAAGCCAGUUGAUGUGGCUAUCCCGGAGCAGGAACUUCAGCCAUUAUGAGCUACAUUUGUACUACUGCUGCUUAAUGGUUUGCCUGAUUAGUGUGGCUAGCAUUUUCGAAUCCAUCAGGACUUAAAGUAUACAACCAUAGUCACUCAACUGAUUAAGAUUUUUGUUUCAAAGAAAUCAGGCUGUCUAUCGUAUAUAACGAAACCCUGAUACACGUAUAGAAAGAAAGAAGUCGUUAGAAGUUCUAUCAUCUGUAAACGCAUUUUUGUUUGUGAUUAUUGCAAUAUACCGGUGAAUCAACGGGUAGCAACAUUAGUUUGUACUGCAAUUUUUAUUUUUAUUUUUGGUAGAUGUUCGCAUUUUUAUGUAGCUGUUGCUUUUUAUUUGGUUUGUAUUCUUAUUUUUCUGGUUCUGUUUUUCUCACCGAGGAUAGUUAUUAUAUGUGGUCCAAGAAAAUGUCCUGUAUCAGUCUAUUUACUAAUAAUGAUUAGUAAUA